UUACUACAAAUGCUUGUAUCAUCUGAGACUUCUUCAUACUGUACUUUCUCUUGCUCGCAUUCCAUAACCUUGGGUAAGGAGUAAUACGACUUCCGUGUCACAAGAAAACCUUGUCAUGCUUCCAAGGUUCAAAACAAUGAUCGCGACGUUGUGUUUUUUCGGCUUUGUUUCCGCCGUUGUAUUCGUCUACGUUUCGCACUACAACCAAGUGAGAAGCUCAUUGAAUCGAAAGAGGAGUUCUACAGUCCCCACUGGAGCGCUUAAUGCAAGAGGUGUGCCGAGCCUUAAGCUGAAAGAGCUUCCCAACUCAUCGUCACCAUACGUAAGAGUUCGUCCUGUGAACUCAAAUCUUACGACAGUGCCUCGCGUGAAUCCAGUCAAAUGCUUUCAGGAAGGUAGUGUACCAACAAUGAAACCCUCCACAUGCGUCUGCAAGAAGGGUUGGCAUGGGCGAGAGUGCUCCAUACCCGAAACCAUUUGGUUUGCAGCAGAUUUCAAGAGAUGGUAUUCUGAAGGUCUUAUUCGACGGCGCUCGAAGCCACGCAAAGUAAUAAAUGGGCUGGUCUUCAACCAUGAGCUUGACCUGCUGGAGGUUCGUGUGCAAGAGCUGGGCGACGCUGUUGACCAUUAUCUCGUCGUUGAAUCUCCAUACACGUACUUCGGCACGCAAAAGCCAUUAUACCUCAAGAACAACCUUAGUGCCGGAUUUCUGCGUGAGCAUAAGCACAAGAUUGUUCCGAUAUCUGUGGACUUCUACAACUACGCCGGAGGGGAUCCUUGGGGCCCCGAAAACUACUUCCGCACAUCCGUUUGGUACGAAGGCCACCGCCGGUUGACGAACAUCCGAGAUGAUGACCUCUUCAUCAUGUCCGACGCUGACGAAAUACCUAGCCGAGACGUGGUGCUAUUCCUUAAGCAUCACGAUGGUUUCGGUGAACCAAUGAAGCUGCGGCUGCGAUGGUUUAUCUAUGGCUUCUUCUGGGAGAAUAGCAUACCUAUAGAUGUGAGCGGUGUGUGCACGGUGGCUUAUAUUCGAGAUGUCUAUGAAGACGACUCGGUGCGGCUCCGUAGGAUGGAAAUGUUUUCACAAGAGAACUUGCCAAACACGGGAACGCUCAGAGAGACGUGGACAAUAACGGGGACAUGGCCACGCUACGCGGGGUGGCAUUGCUCAUGGUGUUUCGAUGUGGAAGGCAUUCAGAUGAAGCUUGCAGCGGCGCAGAGGGACGACGGAGUGCGGUGGGGCGACAUUGCCGAAAAAACUGACGCAGGCUAUAUCGACUCCUUAAGGAAGAAAGGCCUGCUAUUCGACGACAACCUUCCGGCGCUUACAGCACGUGACCCCAACGAAACGGCUCCCACCUACGUCAUAGAAAAUGCUGAAAAAUUCAAAUGCCUAAUGCGACCGUAGAACACUACGGACCUUCUCAUAUAUUCUUUCGUGUACACAACGUCAUAUUCCAGAAACAAAGUGACGCCGCGAAAACCCUUCGUGAUGCCGUUGGUGAAUCUUACGCGGCAAUUCUGCGGAAAUGAGGACACGUCAAAUGAAUGAAUUAAUUCACAUGUCUUACCAUGUUUGAAAAUCAUGUGUAGCUCCUAAUUUGCUCAUGCACGCCUUUCUACUUCUAUGGAUGCAUAUGACUUGUGCUUUCGCUAAGAAAUCGGCCGUGAAAUCGCGCGGAGUCGCCGCCUUAAUUGCGGCAACUGGCUGAAACGCGGAAGUCUGGAUUGCUGCUACGCGUCGACCGCUAGCCACGUCGUACUUCUAUGUGCACGUAGGUCACGCCCGUUAUCCAAAGGAGGUUUGUCUGGUUAUCUGAGUGCCAGUGUAACCGCCUAUACUUAUGCCUGAAAGGGCGCACGAGAACAUUUGUUCUUGCUUGUCUGCUAAUGAAUUGGUAAUAAUAUCGGUGAGUGCAACUUUCUAGAGUGCUGUUUAUUGUCGUCGCACCCUCCAUUCACCAGAAUAUUAUGCGAGUGGGUACCGCUUUCAGCCUCAAGCACAUCGUGAAAUGUUGUUGGCAUCCUGUCAAGCAUUAGGAGCAACAGAUGGUGAGUGAAUGCAUCGUUUCAGUGACUCGGUUGCACACAACAAAAAACAACAAAAAAGAAAACGAGGCCCUACUAAUGCACUUGCGCGAGUGUAAUCAUUGGUAAGUGAACAAAUAUGGCAUUGUGACUUAUCAAUUAUGCGAGGAGCUUUAGUUGUGUUUAGCUGCCCGCGGUACCACUACGUGAAAAAUAUUUCUAUCAAAUACUAACUGUGACACUACAGUACUGGAACUGUACUUGAAAUGGGAUUGCUGUGUUCAACCGUAUGCUUAAAUACUUUAGAACACUUUAAAAAGCCCAAACGUUCAAAAUUAUUGCGGGUGGCAUGCUUUACACUUAUUGUUUUAAAGUUGCACUGAAAAUCUCCUCCAUGUUACAUUGUCUUAGCGUUUAUGUGACAUUGUUAUUGACCGAUGGAAGGCAGCGGUCAUUAUCCUUAACAAAAAAAAUCAGCUUGUUCUAUAAAAUAACGAGAACUUUGUUGUAGCACU